AUGAAUCCAUUACAAUUGAUUAUUUCUACAUUGUUUUUAUUUGCCAGCUUUGCUCUUGCUGGUAAGGAUGAGAAAGAACCAGAAGUCACUCGUAGUGUUUAUUUUGAUAUUGAGCAUGGUGGUAAAGAAUUGGGUCGUAUAAUUAUUGGUUUAUACGAUUCUGUUGCACCAAGGACUGUUGAAAAUUUUUACCAGUUAACUAUGUCUCCAGAUCCUGAAAUGGGUUAUUUGGAUUCUAUUUUCCAUAGAAUCAUUCCAAACUUCAUGAUCCAAGGUGGUGAUUUCACCCAUGGUACUGGUGUCGGUGGUAAAUCUAUUUACGGUGCUGUGUUUGAUGAUGAAGAUUUCACUUUGAAACAUGACAGACCAGGUAGAUUAUCUAUGGCCAACAGAGGUAAGAACACUAACGGUUCUCAGUUCUUUAUUACUACUGUCAAGACUCCAUGGUUGGACGGUAAGCAUGUCGUCUUUGGCCAAGUCAUUGAAGGUUUAGAUGUCUUGAGUCAACUAGAAACUGUUGCUACCGAUAGAAUGGACAAGCCAUUAGAAGAAGUUAAGAUUGUCGGUUGUGGUGCUAUCGAUAUCGUCCCAUCUGCCAAGAUUGAUGAAUAUGUAGCUGAACAUCCAGAACCAGUUCAUGAUGAAUUGUAA